AUGGCGGCGCAAAGCCCGGUCGUCAUCCAGUCGUCCUCUCCCGAACUGCAGCGACUCCAGUCGAUAACGCCACACAACAAUGAGAAGCCCGCCGAACCGCUCACAUCUUCAUCGCCCGAUCUGCCCGUCCCCUCCGCAUUCUUCAAAUUGCACGCUCCCGGACUCUCGACUGGUUCCAAGGCACGACAAAUUCCUCAAGGCGUCAGCACGGGCUUUGCCUCCGCCGCCAGCUUGUUGCGGAACCAGGCAUUCGAGCUUUCAGCUCAUAGGACGGAGGAGGGGGUCGAAGAUAUCGAGCACAGGAAGAGCGUGAAGAACGGUCUUGCACGGGGGGAGGAGAGCGUCAAAGACAAGGUUGCCGGGAUCGAGAAAGAACCUGUGAACAAGCGAGCGAGGAGCAGGAAAGCGCAAGAACAGACGGACGAACAUGACACACAAGCACCACAGCCUAGAGUACAGGCUGUCGAUGAUCUGUCGAGACCUUCCAAGACUGCUACCGGCAAGCUGAAGAAGACUGCAAAGUCGAGCAAGAGCGCAAAGUCUGGAGCAGAAAGUCUGUCUCGCUCCCCUUUGAGCGAGUUCGCGCUGCCUGCUCAAACAUCUGCGAUUCGCAAUGUGAGUCCGGCAGCAGCCAGCGUUUCUGUCCUUGCCGGACGUCAAGAGACUCCUGACCUCGCAGCUUCCCGCAGAACGAGCAUCUCACUCUCCGAAUUUGACUUCAACCCGAACAGCCCAAGCUCGAGACGAACCGUCUCGCCACUUGGCAAAAAGGCGAGCGUGGCCAAGACUGGAAAGCAUGGUUCCUCGCACCUCAACUCCGGGCGGACAUCUGCCAGCAACAAAGUGUCAAAGUCUGCUCCUCGCAAAUCCAAGACUACCGAAUCACGACCAAAGUCCGGAUCUCGGACGGCGAGCAUCUGUAUUUCCGAGUACGCGUUGCAACCUGAUAGCCCGCCGAAGUACGCUUCGCCGCCAGCGAUGGAGACCUUGGAUGACGUCCCAAAGCUUCGAGAGAAUCAAGAGACCGACGUAGCACCACCCUUCAUGGUGCGAUCGGCCACAUCUUACGCAAGCGACUCCAACAUACUCGGUCGAUCACCCUCCCAAUUUGCCUCGAGGUAUCAGUAUGGCGAGACACACUCAGCGCUGUCGACCUCUGAGCCGCAGCAGCCAGUCAUCAGUCUGCCGGUGACUACGGAUGUUGCGACAGCGGCGUUCAAGGAUAAGGCAAUGGACACGGUAUCUUUGAGUGAGCAGCCCUCCCUCGCCAAGGCUCCUCGGAAACGCAUGCCAAAAGCCAGGCAGUCAAAGGGUUCUGGUCCCGCGAGGUCGAAGAAGCUUGCCAAGUCGGCCUCCAUCAUUCUCAAUUCUGAUGAGCCGGAUCUGGACGCGGGCGACCACGCUGGCAUUGCGCCGAAUCCUGGUCCACCAGCGCCGGUCUUGCAUGUGCUGACUGAACCAGCGGCGAAAGCCAGGAAGGCUGUCAAGAAGCCGAGGGUCGCUCGUGGCAAUAAGGAGGUUGAGAACGCCACAGCCUCAGCCUCAGCUAAUGCCAUCGUGCCUCCGCUUCACGACAUGCAUGGCGGAGGCGUUCUAAAGGACAUAGAUGCACAGGGCGGAUUCGACGCUCAUCGCAACGCUUGGAGCCAAUCUGCUUACUUCGUCGACAACGUCAUCGCCAAUUGCCAGGCUCUACCACUGGCGGCGACAGAGGAAUCUCUUCAGUCGGUGUUUGAAGUCGAAAGCAUGAGAAGGAACUCUACUCCACCUCCAGAUCUCCCGCUGCCUCACUUUCGCCGACGAAGAAGCUGGACUCCAGCACGGAACACUGAAUCGGCGACUGUCGACACGCCCCGUACGGUCGAUUCGGGACGAUUGGAAGAGUCUCCUCCCUCUGGACCGAGUCUUGCUGCGUUGGUCAGUGGUUUCGGUUACAGUGCGCAGGCCACCAGUACCACUGCCAACGCCCGCACUGGCACCGGUGAGCCUGCCGUGAAGAAACGGCGUAUUGAGCUCGCGCAUGAGACAGCCGGCGGUGUUGUGGUUCGCAAAGCCAAAGAUGCAGCUCCCGCGAAGCGAGUCAAGGCAGUCAAGAAAAAGCCGCAAACAAUUACCGAUCUUGCCACCAAAGCAUAUCGCGCCGAACCCGAAAUCGUGGCGGCGCAAUCGACUGUGUCCGAAUUCUUUGCUCCACAGAAGGAGUCGCUCACCUUGACCGAGGACGCGGCUGCGGGUGAGGCACUAACAGAGAAGCCAGCCAAAGUGAAAAAGACAAGAAAACGCAGGAUCAAGGUUGGUGGAGAUCCCGAGGCUUUGGCAGCGAUGGCGGAAAGGGCAGCAAAGCUGCAGAAGCCCGCGAAGGUCAAGAAAGUGAAGUUCAACGAUGCGAAUGCGGUACCGCCUCUGCUCUCUCCACAACGAGCUCGGGCGAUCGAGACGCAGCAAGGAUUUCUGUUCGGCACCUCAAGUCAACUGGCGGUGGACGAUUCGCCGACAUUCAUUCGGCAAAUGCAAACGGCGCUCCGAGAGUCUGAGUUGAUGAGCACCCUGCAGGCACGUUUCAGCCCUCGUCGAAAAAGCUGUGCCAAAGUUCCCAGCGCUCCUCAUGGCACUUCCUUGUCAAUUGGACAGGCCGCCCGGGACUUGUGGUGCACUGCCUCGAGAGACCACGGCGGAGAUGUUCUUGCGCUUACAGAACGGCCCAAGGCUCCCGUUGUUAUCGAGCAGAAAGCGCAUAGCGAAGAAGACGCACAUUCGCAAUAUGCCGCGGAGACAUUGCCCGUUGUCGAUGCUCUUCAUGCCAUCGAGGAGACCACUGAUGUCAUUCCAGACGCUCAGCUUGACGGACAGGAAGUUGUGGACCUCUGUGCCACAUCGCCCGCGGGCGAGCGCGCUGUGCAAGACCCGGAACCGGCAGUGUUUGACCUUCCCAAGCCCGAAGACUGCGAUGAAAGUGCUCAUGCGCUCCCCUCUGAACCGCACAAUUCGGACGACAGCUGGAUGCUAUUGUCAAGUGAUGGCGCUGAGAAGGCGGAAGGGCAUGCCUCCACCUUCCCUCUACCGAUGAUCCCAAACAUCAUGCGUGCAGCACCGGCCUUGGCCCGAGUAGCGACGUCACCAACGCGAUUAAGAGCUGCCCUCCAGACCUUGGACGGGAACGCAAGUGUCCUUGCUCAAAAAUCUUCCGCAAGAUUCUUGCAACAGCGAGCUUUUGCGAGCGCAACCUCACCACCAGCGCAGAAGCGCCCUCGAGGGAGACCAAGAAAAGAUGCAUCAUCUACCGAGAACAUCCCUCCAGCCCAGAAAAAGAGAGGUCGCCCUCCGAAAAGCGCGACCACGUUCACACUGCCGGAAGUGAAGGAAGGCAGAAUCACGUUACCAGCCUCGCAGCAAUCCACUUCCUCCGACUUCGUGAACAUUGACGAAAUUUACGACUCUGAUCCUCCAACCCCCUCCCCGCCUCGCCGUCGGGCUGCCUCCACUUCCCCUUCGGUCAGUCCAUUGGAGCUGCGGCUUUCCGGAUCGCCUUCACCACGCGCCAAAGGGCCAGCCGUCGUGACAACAAUGCUGAAGUCCGGCGACCCGCAGUGGGCCUCCAUCAGCGCCAUCCUCUUCCCGCAGAUCACGAAAGCUGUCCGCGAUAUACCUCCCAGCAACGACAUGGUGAACCCGUCCUGGCACGAAAAGAUCUUACUAUUCGAUCCGAUUGUGUUGGAAGACUUUACAGGUUGGCUCAACGGGCAGGGCUUGCGGGUCGAGACAAGGAAGGUCAUUCCAAAGGCGAAGAAGAAGGGUAAGAAGAAGAAGCAGGACGAUGAUACUCCGGAGGUGGCUGACGAGCUGGGGGAGUACGAGCUGUGCAGGGAAGAGAUCAAGCCUUGGAUGGCGCAGAAGUGGUGCGAGUCGAAGAGCAUUUGCUAUCCAGCGAUCCAAAAGCCCAGCAAAGUCAAUCCGUCCAUCGAAGACACACAAGCCGAGCCAGCGCUCUACCCUCGAGUAGCAUUCGACUGGAUAUCGGAUGCGGCGGAGAAGGGCCACCAGUACGCGGAGCAGCUGGAGGAGGAACAUGUAUAUCGUGGUCCGUUGUGCGAGCGAGAUGAAGAGAACGAGGAGUAG